AUGUCGAGCCUCCCGUCCCUUGUCUCAGAGCUCCACAAUGCUCUUGAGCGCAAGCAGCUGGAUGCCGCCAACAACCUCCUCAGCCAAGCCAAGCGCGCUCUACUGACGCAGAAUGCGCUGUUCCCGAAUUCCUCCACCCCACCCCAGCUUGUUGCCCUGGCCCGGCAAGUCCUUGAAUUCGGGGCACUUGCUUCGAUCCGACAGACCGACGCGCAGACCUUCAUCCGAUACUACCAACAGCUGCAGCCGUUCUACGACCUCGAGAGGGAUGCCGGUCUUCCGGGUCAGAGCUCAUCCGAGGUGGAUUUCAGUACCAGCCAGCGCAGCAAGAUCACCGGGUUGUAUUUGCUGCUUCUGCUGAGCAUGGGUGACAGCGCCAACUUCCACACGGUGCUUGAGGGUCUGGUUGAGGAGGCGAGCUUGAAGGGCGGUCGGGUCGAGGAUGACCCAUGCAUCAAAUACCCUGUCGACCUGGAGCGAAACUUAAUGGAGGGCAGCUACGAUAAGGUGUGGCGGGAGACGAAGUCGGAGCGUGUCCCCUCGGAGGACUUUGGGUUGUUCUCGAAUGUUCUCGUUGGCACCAUCCGCAGCGAAAUCGCCGACUGCUCCGAAAAGGCAUAUCCCUCGCUCCCCAUCUCGAACGCCAAAAACCUGCUCUUCCUCGACUCUGAGGGCGCAGUCAUUGAGUUUGCUCAGCAACGCGGUUGGAUCCUUCGCGAUGGCCGGAUAUACUUCCCCGUCGAGCCCGAGGCUGCCACGAGAUCCGAGAAGGAUAUCCUGGUGGCCAGUGGCACUGUCAUUGAGAAUACGCUAGGCUAUGCCCGGGAGCUGGAGACGAUUGUUUAA